AGCUGGCAACAGCAGUUGAAUGAGAACAGAAACAAAGGCACAAUUCACACCAUGAGAUUGUCUUACUGUCCUUGCCCCUGUCCCCAGAUUUGGGAAGGGCUGUGCUCAGCCGUGAGAACUGCUUUACCUCAAACUCGGCCCUCUUCCAGCAGACAGAUUCUGCCUGAGGCAUAGACAUAGCAACAUAGGAGAGGAGAGGCCUGUCUGAUCUACAUCUCUGGGAGGAGGGCCAGAAAAUUGAAGAUUCAGCCUUAGAACCAAGAGAGUAAGUAGCAAAAGAACAUCUGCGUUAUAUAAAGGAAGAAAGUACAUGUGUGGGAAUUCAAAUUUAUGAGUUGAGUCCCACUCACAACCUCUAACACUUUAUAUGACUCCAGGACUGCAUUAAGGUGGUGAGAGGCCCUGAAGUGUGAGCCAGGACCAUGGAGGCCUCCGUGCUGAGCCCUACAUCCUGGGAGAAGCGGAGAGCAUGGCUCCGUCAGAGCCGGAACUGGCAAACCCAGGUGUUGGAAGAGGAAGCUGCAGCUGCCCUGCAGGAUGUCCCAGACCCUGAGCCUUCCAACCUCGAUGAUGUUUUCCAUGAAGGGAAUCCAAUCAACAAGAUUGAAAACUGGCUGCAGGACUGUGGAGACUCUGAAGAGGGGUUUUCUGAGGAAUCUGGGCAAUCCAUCUACAAUGGAUUUUCUAGCCAUGGAACCAGUUUUGAAGAUGACCUGAUGCUUGGAGCUGAGGCCACACUGCUGGCCGCUAAUGACAAACUCUUCUCUAGGAGUCUCCUCCAGACAUCUAAGCCUCACCAGCUACUUGAUCUUGGCUGUAGUUUGGCUUCCAGCUGCAUGACUGGUGGAACCAACAAGACUAGUUCAAGCAUUUCAGAGAUUCUGGACCAGGUACAAGAGGAUGCAGAAGAUGUUCUCUUCAGUCUAGGCUUUGGCCAAGAGGACCACAAAGACACUACUCGGAUCCCCGCAAGAUUUUUCACCAACCCCUCUCAGGCCAAGGGCAUUGAUUUCCAGCUCUUCUUAAAGGCACAGGUGCAGAGGAUUGAGAUGGAGGAUCCCUGCCUCAUGCUGGCCAGCAGGUUUAAGCAGGUGCAAACACUGGCUGCUACUGCGGAUGCCUUCUUCUGUCUCUACUCCUACGUGUCCAAGACACCGGUUCAAAAGUUCACACCAUCCCACAUGUUCUGGAAUUGCAACCCAACCGAUGUGCCUUCCAUCAGAAUUCUGGCUCCAGAGCCUGAACCACACUCACCUAGGGACCGCCUCCGGAAAGCUAUCUCCAAAAUGUGUCUGUACACGGGUUCCCGAGACCGGCUGUCACCAUCUCACAACAUCCCCAAAAAGAACAGUUUGGACCAAGUGGUUUGGGAAGUGAUGGACAAAGUAAGAGGUGAGAAGUUAGUUCUACAUCAAGAGUCUGAGCUUGGGCAAGGCCCACAGGAAGGUACUGUGGCCCCCUUAGGAAACAUAAAGCUGCCCACUUCUUCCUCUCCAUGUGCCCUUUGCUCCCAAACAUGGCCAAGAAUGUCCCCAGUGCUGGCACCAUCACGAACUCUGGAUUCCAACCUAGAGGAACCCUAUUACACACAUUCUCUAACAAAUGCAUUUUCUCAGUGGAGCACAAAUCCUGCACAGGUAAAUAGAGAGCUGUGCGAUCUCCAGGCCACUAAUAUGGAAGCCCAUUCAGCCAAGAAUGAAACUUUCUGGAUAAGAAAGACCAAAGCAAGAAAGAGUUUAUUUCAACAAAUUCCUCUGGACAAGAAGGUUAAGUCACUGGACCUGUCCAUCAUCCAGCAAAAAUGGAAGAAGUGUGGAGGAGAUCGAACAGAACUGCACCGAUCCCUAACAGAGCAGCCUCAGGGCACUUUUGAUUCAGAAAAGGUGAAUGAAUUGGAGGUGAGGGAGACGCUGGAAGAGAAAAUCUCUGAAUGCUUGUGCAGAAGAUGAAGGAGGAGAGCCUUUGAGCAAAGGGGAUCCAGUUAUCUUGUCCUUAACAGACACGCCACUUCAUGAAUUAAACUCAGGUACUUGUGCGGAUGGAUUAAUAAAGAAAGAAAAAGAUAAAAUGGCCUUAUUUCAUAUAA